AUGGACGACUUGGAGCGUGGAUAUGGCCAGGUACAGGCACUUCCGGUAUCGGAGGAAGGGUCGCCUGUUCAGGAGUAUUUGCGAGAGGUAAGACGCCAGGCGGAGCAGGAGCAGUCGGUGUUCUACAGAGCGAAGCGAUCAAGAGAGGACGACGACGAGGAGGAGGACGGGCCAGAGCGUGGCGCGGGCGACCAGGAAGAGAUAGAAGACUCAGUAGCGUCGCAAUGGGCCCACAACGUCGUCCAUACCUUCACCAGCCUCAAGCUGGUGAUCGUGCCCGACCGCCAGACGACUCCUCCAUCGCCCUACGUCCCCGAAACAGCCAACCAGUGGCGCAAGUACGUGCUCGAUACCAGUCCUCCCCAAUUGGCGUACUUCUACACCGCCAUUGACCGUCCCACCGUGUUCAAGUUGGUGGUGUACUUCACCAAGUGGCUCAGUCUUUCUGCCAACGCCAACUUGUCACAGUGGGUCUGGAUGGUGCUCCUCCGCAUCGACAGCUCCAUGGACGCCAGCGAGUUGGCGGUGAUCCGAGACUUGGGCAAGAAGGCUGGCAAGCUCUGUUCCCGUGCCAAUACCGAGAAUACUGACCCAGUGGCUCGUGGAACCCUUGAUAUGAUUGUGGUGGUAGUGGCCCACUACUAUGGGCAGAGAGACUUGUUGGGUACGGGGUUGAUAGUGUAG